CCCAGGGGCCUGUCUCUGCCCUUGGAGGCAGCACAGAAUCAGGUCACGGUGUAGGCAGAUUAGUGAGGUCUUGAACUGGCCUCCUUAAAGAUACCUAAUCCUGGACCAGAAGCCAGCCAGCAGGCCCAGGGCCACACACAGUGCCUCCACCCUGUCCCCAGCUCCCGGCCGGGGCUGCCAUGGCCUCCCUGUUCUCUGGCCGUGUCCUGAUUCGCAACAACAGCGACCAGGACGAGCUGGACACGGAGGCUGAGCUCAGCCACAGGCUGGAGAACCGCCUGGUGCUGCUGUUCUUUGGCGCUGGGUCAUGCCCACAGUGCCAGGCCUUCGCACCCAUCCUCAGGGACUUCUUCGUGCGGCUCACAGAUGAGUUCUACGUGCUGCGGGCAGCCCAGCUGGCCCUGGUGUACGUGUCCCAGGACCCCACAGAGGAGGAGCAGGAUCUGUUCCUCAGGGACAUGCCGAAAAAGUGGCUCUUCCUGCCCUUCGAGGAUGACCUGAGGAGGGAUCUCGGGCGCCAGUUCUCCGUGGAGCGCCUGCCGGCUGUCGUGGUGCUCAAGCCUGGAGGGGACGUGCUCACCCGCGACGCAACUGACGAGAUCCGGCGCCUGGGACCCGCCUGCUUCGCCAACUGGCAGGAGGCGGCGGAGGUGCUGGACCGCAACUUCCUGCAGCCGGAGGACCUGGACGACCCCGCGCCCCGGAGCCUCACCGAGCCGCUGCGCCGCUGCAAGUACCGCGUGGACCCGGCGGCUCGGGGCAAACGCGGCCCCAGGAGAGGGAACGACCCCGAGGGGGAGGGCGGGGCGGAGGGCGGGGACGGGGGGCUGUUCUGAGGCCCCUGCGCAGAGCACACUCCUGAACUUCCCAAAGAGUGCCCUCCCAGACCCUACAGGGACACAGCAGUGGACACUUGAGGCAGACAUCCAGCUGUCCCUGAAACAGCGGACCCACGCCCAGCGCGGGGGGGGAGGGGGGACAGGAAGGGGCGCUCAGACCUCCAGGAAACAGCAGGGCUUCAGAAGAUUCAAAGUGCUGCGGGGGGGGG